AUGGCUCUGGCUCAGCAUGUCGAGGGGAGAAGGGCGGCUACAGCGGCGGUGAUCGCGAUGAUAGUAGCCAUGACGUACGUCCCUACAUCUGUGGAAGGACACGGCUUCUGCAUAGAGCCGAUCAGUCGGCAAUAUCUUCGCUCGAAGGAGUUCAAUGAGGGCGGCGAAUACUACGUGGAAAAAUGGGCGGGCUCCUUCAACGGGGGAGGUGCGGACGCGGUCCAGGCCCGAACAAUCGACAACAUCGAUCCUGACAUCCUUGCCGACUACGGUGGCGGCGACGUCUGGAUCGUGGGGGCGGCUUGGGACAAGGGGGAGAGGUGCCCGAACAACAACUACCUCGAGAGCGACAAGAUUGCUGUCGGACACGGCGUGUGCGGGGACCCUCCUCAGGGUGGCUUGGACAACCCGAACACGUACAGCACCCCGAACACCCUCUGGCCUCCGAUCUCGACAUACCAAUCGGGAUCCAUCAUCGAGCUCAAGGCGGUCAUCAACAACAACCACUGGGGGCACAUCGAGUACUUCUUGUGCGAUACCGCUGACAUGGACGACCCUGACGGCGUGGUGACCCAGGACUGCUUGAACAUGUACCCGCUCGACCGCGACGAGACCGAUUGGUGGAACAGCCCCAUCGACCCGGACUACCCCGGGCGUUUCUUCGUGAACCCCGAGUGCCGCGGUGAAACGGGAGAGACCGAUCAAUCAGGAAGGCCCAUGCUCAACGACGGGGAGGUUGGCCUGGACAACGGCUACAUCAACACUGGGCGUUACCAUCUGCCCAACAUUCAGUGCGAGCACUGCAUCCUCCAGAUGAAGUACUACGCCUACGUCGGGUGCCACCACCCCGGCUACCACGAGUUCGAGCCCGAGUGGCCGGGAGAUUGCGCGCCGGAGAAGGAGGAGUGGCUGCCGCACAAGAACCCCGGUUGCAGCGACGAAGGCCAGAAGUGGGGCAACGUGUUCUUCGGCUGCUCCGACAUCACUCUGGUGGCCGACGGCGAAACGUCCUCCACGGCUCCCGAACCGACCCCGGAGCCGACGCCUGAGCCGACGCCUGAGCCGACUCCCGAGCCGACCCCCGAACCGACGCCGGAACCGACUCCCGAACCAACUCCCGAACCGACGCCUGAGCCUGAGCCCACUGCGGAGCCCACUGCGGAGCCCACUGCGGAGCCCGAACAACCAGUUGCUGCUCCCGUCUACGAAAUGCCCGUAGCUAUGCCAGUCACUGCCCCUGUUGAAGAGCAGCCUGUUGUGGAUGUGCCCUUGGAGGCAUACACGCAUGUCGGGUGCUUCUCCGACAACAAGGAGGACCGAGUGCUCGAAGCUAUGAUCACGUCGUCAGCCAUGACCGGUGCUAUGUGCUACGAGCACUGCGUGGACAGGCGCGCCACAUACAUGGCUACCCAGUACGGCUUCGAAUGCUGGUGCAGCCAUGAUGCAGACCUAGACUACGCCCGCCACUCCGACGACUUAGAAAGGGUGGACGGCCGCGACUACGGCUUGUGCGGUACGCGUUGCGAAGGGGACAAGGCCGAGAGUUGCGGUGGCUACGAUGCUUUCGACCUGUACAAGAUCACCGAACCGACGGAACCCGAGGGAGAAGAGUACGUGGGGUGCUUCGCCGACGACCGGGAUGAUCGCCUAUUGAAGAACGAGAUCAAGUACCAGCCCGACAUGACCCAGGCCGUGUGCCGCACCUACUGCGAGGGCUUUGGCGCGCACUUCUACGCGACCCAGUACGGCGACGAGUGCUGGUGCGGAACGUCCGAUGACGAGGAGGACUACAAGAGGCACGGGUACGGAUCAUGUGUCGCGCAAUGCUCCGGUGCCCCAACGACGGCGUGCGGCGGGUUCGACUCAUUCAACCUGUUCAAGUACAAGGGCUGA